AUGGCCGAAGUAGUUCCACAACCCCAGGGAAGCUCGAGCCGUGGAGGAGGAUCAGGAGGUAGAGUUCGGCGAGGGCGUGGCUGGAGAGGAAGGCAUAGAGGUGGUCGUGGAGGGUCCAAUGCCAACGCAUCCGGAAGUGGAAAUGGAAAUGUGGAAGGGGGCCAGGCGACUACGGCAACAACUCAACCAUUACCACCACCAACUGCAGUACCUACACCAGUACCGCAGCAACCAACAGGUGUAGCAUCUCAACCAAUCGUUUCAGAUGCCUCAAGUUCGCAUCAAGAGGGCCAACCAGGCAGAGGGCGAGGAGAUAGGGGCAGGGGAGGUCGGGGCAGAGGCCGUGGUCGCGGAGGCGCGGCUCAAAGAUCAAUAGUAACCUCCCAUCGUGGAGGUCGAGGACCGCCAUUUUCAGCACCUCGACAAACCGACUCUUCAUCAUCCCAGUCACAGUCACAGAUACGACAUGGGUUCAACCUUGGUGCUGUCGAGUUUGUCCCUGGUCAACCAGUCUCCGUCACUACCAACACACGGGGUCCUGGAGAAAUCAUACCACCCAGAUCUGCCCCUGCUCCUAAACCGGUCAUGGAAAAAUCAACAGCAGAGGACCUUCCCACACGUAUUCACGAGGACAUCGACAAUGGGCAGUACGAAUGUGUCAUCUGCACCAGCGAGGUUGUCCGAUCUUCCCGAGUUUGGUCUUGCUUGAUCUGCUGGACGGUUACCCACCUUCACUGUGUCAAGAAGUGGCACAAAAACCAAAUGAAACAGAAGGAGGAAAACCAAAGCCCUAACCAACCCGACGGUUGGCGCUGUCCAGGGUGCAACUCCAAUCUGUUGGAAGACCCAGCAUCAUAUCACUGUUGGUGUGGGAAAGAGUUUGACAUGAAAGCAAUUCCUGGCUUGCCUCCUCACACAUGCGGACAGACCUGCUCCAAGCCUAGAGCUACAUGUCCACAUCCUUGCUCCCUGAUGUGUCAUGCCGGACCAUGUCCGCCAUGUACACUCAUGGGCCCAGCACAGACCUGCUUCUGCGGCAAGAACACUGUUACCAAACGGUGUAGUGAGACUGACUACACGAAUGGAUGGAGCUGCCAAGAGGUGUGCGGUGAUUUCCUUCCAUGUGGGGAGCAUACCUGCUCCCAGCCUUGCCAUCCAGGCUUAUGUGGCGCUUGCGACGUUCCCAUGCCAUCAACGUGCUAUUGCGGCAAGGAGCGGAAAGAGAUACCUUGCAACCAGAGAGACGACAUUUUGGAAUCGUUCAACUAUGGCCAGCUCGAUGACGAAGAAGAGUGGUUUGAGGGAUCAUUCCAAUGCUCAAAAGUCUGCGGCAGAAAGUUUGACUGUGGACAUCACACUUGUCAAAAGCCCUGCCACCCGCAAGAUGAAGAGACAUCUCAUUGCCCCCUUUCGCCCGACAUGGUGUUGAGCUGCCCCUGUGGAAAGACACCGCUUGCUUCCUUACCCGCCGAACCCAGGACGUCGUGUCAAGACCCCGUCCCGCGAUGCGACAAGCCAUGCGAUAAGAUCCUGGCUUGCGGUCAUCAUUGCCCGGAUAAGUGCCAUACUGGUGCAUGUGCCCCUUGCUUCCAGAGUAUGGACGUCUCCUGCCGUUGCGGCAGGGUCACCAGCCGUUCAGCGUGCCAUCUAGGCUGUGUUGAACCACCACAAUGCUUCCGGGUGUGCAAAGCGCAGCUCAACUGUGGAAGACAUGAGUGUGGAGAGCGCUGCUGCUCGGGAGAGAAGAAGGCAGCGGAAAGGCGGAAACAGAAGCGGGCUGUCAACGAGAAUUACGAGCCCGAACAUAUCUGCCUACAGGUUUGUGGCCGGCUGCUGAAAUGCAGUAAGCACACAUGCCAGCAACUAUGUCACAGGGGGUCUUGCAAUGCUUGCCCGGAGGCUAUCUUUGACGAGAUCAGCUGCUCUUGCGGGCGAACUGUAUUGCACCCUCCGCAACCAUGCGGAACCAGACCGCCAGAGUGCCGAUUUGACUGUCGCAGAGCGAGGCCAUGCGGACAUCCUGCAGUGUCCCAUCAGUGUCAUCCAGACGAUGUGGCUUGCCCCAAGUGCGCCUUUCUGGUGGAAAGGCCUUGUAUCUGUGGCAAGAGGAUUCUCAAAAAUCAGCCUUGUUGGUUUGAGGAUGCUAGGUGCGGACUGCCUUGUGGGAAGAAGCUGAAAUGCGGAGCCCACGAGUGCAGGAAGUCGUGCCAUAAGCCCGGGGAAUGUGAGGAUGCUGAGGUAGUUGGUUCUCAUUGCACGCAGUUAUGCGGAAGGGCAAGAAAGUCUUGUGAUCACACCUGCGUGGACGAGUGCCAUGCCCCUUUUCCUUGCAACGAGGACAAGCCGUGUCAAUCCAUGACAUUCACCACCUGCCCUUGCCAGCGGCAAAAGAAACAAAUUCGGUGCGGUGCAACUCGCUUCAACUCGGGGCCAGAUAAACACAUCACUUUAAAGUGUGAUGACGACUGUCUUCGACUGGAGCGGAAUCAGCGGCUUGCCGACGCGCUCAAUAUCGACCCUAAUCACACCGACGAUCAUGUGCCGUAUGCCGACAAGACCUUGAAGAUGUUCCGCGAGAAUAUUACCUGGGCUCAAUCACAAGAACGGGAACUUCGCAUGUUUGCUGCAGACCCAGAGUUGAAGCGUAUGCGUUUCAAGCCUAUGGCCAACCACCAGCGUGCCUUUUUGCACUCACUAGCUGAGGACUAUGGUCUUGAUUCCGAGUCUCAAGAUCCUGAGCCUCACCGUCAUGUUUGCCUUUUCAAGACACCACGGUUUGUGUCUGCUCCCAAAAAGACCCUGGCUCAGAGUCUUCGCCUAGUUAAGACCGCUGCCGCCACUGCCGCUGCUGCUGCUGCCAAACCAGCCACUCCCGCCAAUAGCCAACCCUCACCGCAGGCAUUCAAUGCCCUCUUACUCACCACACCUCGGUUUGGACUUACAGUCGAGGAGGUCGAUCGAGCCCUGGCCUCAGACAUUGCGGCCGCGGCACGUUCUGGUCCGGCACUCAGCUUCACGACCAGCUUCCUCCCCUCGGAAGACAUUGUGAUCAAGGCCAUCCCUAAUUUCACGACCGCAGCUAUUGCAACGUCCAUGGCACCAACACCACAGGCAGUUCAGUCAGUUCUGAAGGAUCUCAAGUCUGCUGUGGCAAGAACUAUCUCAAAGGCAGGGUUGGCAAACGGGGUGGUACUGUGCCACGCAGACAGUUCGCUCAAUGUUGUUAGAAGAGAAGGAGAUCAGGCUGCUGGUGCUGAUGGAUGGAGUGCUGUUGCUAGCAAGGGGACAUGGCGGCGAGCUCCUAGUGGGAAGGUCGCUCCUCCUGUGGCGAGCAGCAGCAGAGCUGGAGGUGGCUUCUUUGCGUUGAGGAAGCUGGAGCUGAGGAAGAAGAAGGUUGAGGAGGAAAAGGCGGAAGUUGAGGAGGAUUGGGAAGCGGCAGCAGAGAAGUUGGAGGGUGGAAGCAGCGAUAAGGAGAAUGAGGUUGUCAAGACGAGCAGCGAGGAUGAGCUGCAGGGGCAUCAUGAUUCUGAGCAGGAGCAGAGUUCUCUGGUUGCCACUGAUGCUUAA